AUGUCAUCGUCACACAAGCAAAAACACAGAACUGGUAUUCCAGUUUUUAAAAUAACUCCCAGAAAUGAAUGUGAGGAUGUCAAUGUUUCAUCUGCCCGCAGCCAACAAACGUUGCCAUUGGACUCGCAACAACAACAGAGUCGCAGCACAUCUAGAAAUCAACAGUCACAGAAUCAGAAACGCGACAACACAGUAGUACAGCCUAAGUUAAAGACGACGAAGAAAAAUCAGGGUGCAGAAACCUGGGCAGAUGAAGUGAUUCAAAGCCAGGGCCAGAUCUUAAGAAACAUUUCUGUGAGUGACUCCAAGAGAAGACGGGAUGAUCUGGAGAAGCAACUGCAUGAAGCUGAGGCUCAGUUAGUGACGAUGGGCAAACUUCUUGAACAGCGUGAAAAAUUGAUGAAUGAGGCUGCUGAGGAAGCUGCAAAAAAGACAGCAGAGUUAGAGCAAAAAUUAAUUAAUCAAGAUGGACAUUUGGUGAAAUAUGGCAUAGAUCCAGUUACAGGAAUGCAAAUUACUCUCGAUGAAGAAGGAGAGAAGAAAGUAGAAGCUACAGAGAAAUUCACUAAGAAACGAGUUCAGGAGAUGAGAGCAAAACUGCAGCAGAUGAACAGCCAAGCUGAGUCCCAUCUUUCUGAUAUUGAGAACACGCUGCAAUUUCUCAAUGGUUUAGAGUUGGCUGUUGACAGAGCUGGGCAGUCAUCAGGGAGCGUUCUACAGGGAUUUGAUAUUGAUUAUGGAGACGACAAGCAGUUAGAUCAAAUCUGUCAUCAACACGCAGGAUCUGGAGUGUGCAAUGCUGUUGUCAGAUCUGUGCUCGGUGAAAAGAAGCCGCUGUUAGAAAAUGUUAGUAUCGGUGUCACUGUGAAUGAUGAUGAUGGUGAUAUUGCUAACUGUCGGUACCUUGAAGAUCACUGUGAUAAACUAGGAAUUGUGGAACCUGAGAAACUAGGGAAUGUGGAUAUUUUAGAUGCCGAAAGUGCUGUGGAAGAGAAAAUCUCCUAA